CCACGGCUGUGUCACUGUGUGGUUGCUGCCAGUGCCGGGUGCCGCCGGCUCUCGUGUCUCCCCGGACUCCGGAGACAGCUCCUUCGCUUCUCCUCAUUAUCGUCGCGGGCUACACGACUGGAGAGGCGCCACGUCUCGCCCGCUCCCCUACUCAUCGCCGCCGAUGAGCUGCCGCGCGGCUCCAUGGAGCAGCCCGUCGCACCCCCGCGGUCGGCCCUUCCCCGCCUCGGCUCGGCUGCGUACCCCAUUCGGGCAUAUGCAUGUGUGGAAGAAUCCAAUCCUCAAAAACUUGUCAAGAAUUGGUGGUGUCCCGAUGAUGUUUGGACUGCCGUCUGGACUGUUCAGGUGCAUGGCUUCAAGUAGCACUGGAAAUGGUGGUUUUUCUCGUCCUUCUUCAACCGAUGAAACACCAGUUCCAGUCUACUCCUGGCCAGAUAAGCAGCGACCACGAGUGUGCAUUUUGGGUGGUGGGUUUGGUGGGCUGUACACUGCUCUGAGAUUAGAAUCUCUUGUAUGGCCUGGUAAUAACAAGCCUCAGGUGUUGCUGGUUGAUCAAUCUGACAGAUUUGUAUUUAAGCCCAUGCUGUAUGAGCUCUUAUCAGGAGAGGUGGAUGUUUGGGAAAUAGCUCCAUAUUUUACAGAGUUACUAAAGAACACUAGUGUUCAAUUUGUGAAGGAUAGUGUAAAGCUUCUGCGCCCGUCUGAUCACUUAAGAAGAGAGCCUGGAGGAUCUUGUACUGGCGGAGUUGUUCAUCUGGAAAGUGGCACUGUUAUUGAAUAUGAUUGGCUCGUUUUAGCUUUAGGGGCUGAAGCCAAAAUUGAUGUUGUUCCAGGAUCUGCCGAACAUGCAAUUCCUUUCACAACUUUGGAGCAUGCCUUGAAAGUUGAAAGUGAAUUGAAAAUGUUAGAAAGGAGAAGGUUUGGUAAGAGUUCCCCACCUAUUGAGGUGGCCAUUGUGGGAUUGGGUUACUCUGGCGUUGAGCUAGCUGCUACCAUCUCUGAGAGAUUAAAGAACACUGGGACCGUCAAAGCAAUCAACGUUCAAACAACCAUCUGUCCCAGUGCACCACCAGGAAAUCGUGAUGCUGCUCUGAAGGUUCUUGAAUCUCAAAAUAUUCAACUUUUCUUGGGAUAUUCUGUGAGCUGCGUAAGAGAGUUUUAUGCAUCUGAUGAUUCAAGUAGCAUGGCUACUGAUGAAAAAGAAGCUGGUGGUGAUCAUAAGAAACUACUUGUGGAACUUCAACCUGCUCAAAGAGGCCUCCAGAGCCAGGUUCUGGAGGCUGAUCUGGUAUUAUGGACAGUGGGUUCAACAUCCCAGAUACCUCGGUUACAACCUCCGGAUGCUCCCUAUGUUAUUCCUCUGAAUGGCCGGGGCCAGGUAGAGACAGAGGAAACCCUUCAAGUAAAAGGCCAUCCCCGAACAUUUGCAAUUGGUGAUUCAGCAGCUCUAAGAGACCCAUCAGGGAAAUUUCUCCCAGCCAACGCACAGGUUGCUUUUCAGCAAGCAGAUUUUGCUGGCUGGAAUAUCUGGGCAGCAAUUAAUGACCGGCCUCUUCUGCCGUUCAGGUUCCAAAAUCUUGGUGAGAUGAUGACACUUGGUAGAAAUGAUGCUGCGAUAACAGCAAGUUUCAUCGAGGGCCUGACCUUAGAAGGACCUUUAGGACAUGCUGCUAGGAAGCUUGUAUACUGCCUCAGGAUGCCCACGGAUGAGCACCGGGUGAAGGUUGGACUCAGCUGGUUCACAAAAGGUGCCGUCGAUUCACUUGCAUCUCUGCAGAACGCAGUGGCCAGCAAUUUUCCUCCUCCUAACCCCAGCGCUCCUUCCUCCGCCGCCACCAACCGUUCCCGCUGCCCGCCUCCUGCCAUGGAUCCCGACUCCGAGAUCAGCUUCGACUUCCCGCCCUACCUCUGCCAGUACAAGAGCGGCCGCGUCGUCCGCCCCGGCGGCAACGCCAUCGCCCCCGCCGGCACCGACCCCCUCACCGGCGUCGUCUCCAAGGACAUCCACGUCGGCGCCGCCCGCGCGCGCGUCUACCUCCCGCCCGACGCCGCCGCCGCCAAGCUCCCCGUCGUCGUCUACUUCCACGGCGGCGGCUUCGUCGUGGGAUCGCCCGCGCGCCCCUCCACCCACGCCUACCUCAACGACCUCGUCGCCCGCUCCGGCGCCAUCGGCGUGUCCGUCUACUACGGCCUCGCGCCGGAGCGCGCGCUCCCCGCGGCGUACGAGGACGGCUGGGCCGCCGUGCAGUGGGCUGCCUCGGGCGCCGACCCGUGGCUGCUCGACCACGCCGAUCUCUCCCGCGUCUUCCUCUCCGGCUGCAGCGCCGGCGCCAACAUCGCGCACAACAUGGCCGUCCGGGCCGGCUCGGCCGGCGCGCUGCCAGACGGCGUGAAGAUCCGCGGGCUCAUGGUGGUUCACCCUUACUUCACCGGCAAGGAGCCCGUGGGCGCGGAAGCGGCGUUGGGCCCCGACGUGCGGGAGUUCAUGGACCGGACAUGGCGGUUCGUGUUCCCGGGCACGUCAGGGCUGGACGACCCGCGCGUGAACCCGUUCGUGGACUGCGCGGCGCGCGCCGCCUCGGCGGCGAUCCCGUGCGAGCGCGUGCUUGUGUGCGUGGCCGAGACCGACUACCUGCUCAAGGAACGGGCGCUGUGGUACGCCAAGGAGCUCAAGGCCAGCGGCUAUGGCGGCGAGGUGGAGGUGUUCGAGUCCAAGGGCGUCGGCCACGCGUUCCAAUUCGACAAGCUCGACUCCGAGGAGGGCGUCAAGCUGCAGGAGAGCCUUGUGGCCUUCAUGAAGAAAUGAGGAUGAAGAUGACGGCCGGCGGAGUCGAUAUGGGAAUCGGGAUUCACAACUCGGCAAUUUGAUGCUUCGAAUAAUAGUCUUUCGAAAAAGUUUGAGCUGUAAUGCGCGCGUGCAAACUUAUAGUAUGAUGAUUCAUUGGUGAUUAUAAUGGAACAGAUUUCUAUAUCUUGUUUGAUCGAUUCCUACUCAGAUUGAUUACAAAA